AUGGGAUUUUUUGACGAUAUCGCCAAGGGUUUGGCCCAUGCCCAACAGGAGGCUGCCCGACACAUCACUCCUGAAAACAUCAACCGCGGUCUCCAGAUGGCUCGAGAUGGAAUUGGCCACGCAGCAGAACAAAUCAACCAGCAUGUCACUCCCGAGAACAUCAAUCAUGGAAUCCGAAUGGCCCAAGAGGGUAUUAAUGUUGCAGCUCAGCAGUUCAACCAGCAUGUUACCCCGGAAAACAUCAACCACGGAUUCCAGAUGGCUCGAGAGGGCAUCAAUGUUGCGGCGCAGCAGAUCAACCAGCAUGUCACCCCAGAAAACAUCAACCACGGUCUCCAGAUGGCUCGGGACGGCAUUGGAAUGGCAGCCCAGCAAGUUGGCCAGCACGUCACCCCAGAAAACAUCAAUCAUGGUGUCCAGGUAGUUCGGGAUGGCGUCGGUUCUGCUGUACAGCAUAUCAGUCAGCAUACCACUAAAGAAAACUUCGAUCGAGCUCGCGAAGAAAUGCUGAAGGCGGCAUCAGGACCAGCUGCUCAGCAGGCUGCCGAUAUUGUGAAGCAACAUCCCGUGCCAGUCGCAGUUGCUGGCACUGGAAUCUUGAUUGCUGCUAUUCCUGGUAUUAUCACGGCCCCAAUUAUGGGCAUCGCUGGACUGUUGGGCUUUACCUCUGAAGGUAUCGCUGCAGCUUCGGUUGCAUCAGGCGCACAAGCGGGUAUGGGAAGUGUUGCUGCUGGAAGCUCAUUUGCAGUGAUGCAGAGUGCUGCAACCGGAGGAUAUGGCUUGGCAAUCCUGACAGGCAUCGUUCAAACCGUAGGAGGGGUUGCAGCAGCUGUGGGAGGUAUUGGAGUUGGGAUUCAAGCUUGGCUGGGAGUUUCAGCUACUUGA